CUGGAGCCGUCAUGGCGGCGCUGUGUCGGACUCGUGCUUGGCCAGCCGAGAGUCCUUUCCUGCGCGUGUUCCUCUUCCCUCGGCCCUGUCGAGGGGCGGGCACUGAAAGUGGCUCCGGGAGCGAGAGUUCCGGGUCCACGGAACCUAGACCGCGCACAGGCGGCUUCGCGAGCGCUCUGGAGCGACACUCGGAGCUGCAGCGGAAGGCGGAGCUCGGGCGGAAGCCGGGCUCUCUGAAAAGUGUGGAAUCCUUCGCGUCUAUGCUGAGACAUUCUCCGCUCACUCAGAUGGGACCUGCCAAGGAUAAAAUCGUCAUUGGACGAAUCUUUCAUAUCGUGGAAAAGGAUCUUUAUAUAGAUUUUGGCGGCAAGUUUCAUUGUGUGUGUAGCAGACCAGAAGUGGAUGGAGAGAAAUACCAGAUAGGAACCAGAGUCCGGCUGCGGCUCUUAGACCUUGAACUUACAUCUCGGUUCCUGGGAGCGACAACAGACACAACUAUACUAGAGGCUGAUGCAGUUCUCUUAGGACUCCAGGAGAAUAGAGACUUCAGAUCAAAAGAGGAACAUCAUGAAAAAUGAAUGGACUUCCCUAGUGUAUUUGUUCCUACUGUGUAUAUCCCGGAUAGUCAUCAAGAAUGCAGUUAGAAAGUUGUGAAAAAUGAUUGAAAGAAGACAUAACGAAUGCUAUAAUCAUAGCUCUUAUUUGUUAGCAUUUUCUUUAGCUAUAUCUCCCUUCCCCCUUUUUGUACCAUUUUUCCCUUUGUUUGGGAUACUGUAACCCAUAUUGAGAAAUUGUGUGAUUGAAUAAAUACAUUGUGAGUGCUC